AUGUCCUACAGCCGUAAUCGUGAUUUCAUGUUCUGCGAGAUGUGCGGGACGAUGUUGUCUUUCGAUUCUACUAAGUAUGCUCGAUGCCCGCUGUGCAAAUUCAAGAAACGGCUCAAAGAGAUAGCUGGAAAAGAGAUCAAAUAUACUAUCAGUGCUGAGGAUAUGAGGCGAGAGCUCGGAAUAUCUUCACUCGACGACAUUGAAGAAGAGAGGGAACUAAAACAAAUGGAUUAUAACGCGAAGUGCAGAGCGUGCCAACAUCUUGGCAUGGCUUACGUUGCCAGACAGAUAAGAUCUGCUGAUGAAGGGCAAACGAUCUUUUACACGUGCCCCGUCUGUGCCCAUAAGCAAACUGAAAACUCAUAG